AUGGCCGACGCACCCACGAUCCGCCUCGCUACGGCAGAGGACGUCCCACUCAUCCUCCAAUUCAUCCGCGAACUCGCCGACUACGAAAAGGCCCUACACGAAGUCGAAGCCACCGUCGAAUCCCUAACCGCAACCCUCUCCUUCCCCAACGACCCACCCAAGCGCGGCUCCGUCUACACCGCCCUCAUCACACCCCCGGCCGAUGCCAACAAUCCCACCCCGAGCCCCGUGGGAAUGGCCCUGUACUUCUACAACUACUCGACAUGGCGCUCUGCACCGGGAAUUUACCUUGAAGACUUGUACGUGCAGCCUGCCGCCCGCGGCCGGGGGUACGGGUUUAAGUUGUUGAAGUAUCUGGCGAAGCAGGUGCUUGAGGUACUGGGACGGAGAUUGGAGUGGAGUGUGUUGAAGUGGAAUACGCCUUCGAUUCAGUUCUAUGAACAGGUUGGGGCUAAGGGGAUGGAGGAGUGGAUGAAGAUGAUGGUUGAGGGGGAUGCGUUGGGGAAGUUGGCGGAAGGUGUUUAG